GAUUGCCACGUGGCCAUUCAUUGCCACUUUCAUCGCCCCCUGAUUGGCACGUCAUCACCCCGGCAUUGCCACGUGAUUGCAACGCGAUUGCCACGUGAGUGCCACGGGGCCAUGCCAUUCAUUGCCACGUGAGUGCCACGGGGCCAUGCCAUUCAUUGCCACGUGAUUGCCACGUAAGUGUCCUCCUUAAUAUAGAUAUAGAUCGGAUUAGAUGGAGGCGACGGUUUCUCUAUGCAGGCCCUCCAACGUGGGAGGAGGAGGAGGAGGAGGGCAUUACGGCGUCUUAUGCAGGAGUGAUCGCUCCGGGUCACAGAAGGGUUGGAAUCAUAAACUGCCAUCAAACCCAUCAUCGGUGUCAUUGCCACGUCAUUGCUCACAGCGUAUUCUCUUGCAGAAAUGCAGGAGUCACUUGAAGCUAGAGUCCACUUUCUGGGGAUGUGAGCAUAUGAGUCUACUUGUUCAUGAAAGGGGAGUGAAGAAGGAGACAUGGGCUUGUUCCUCCUCCUCCUCCUCCUCCUCCUCCUCCUUGCAAUCGACCAUUUCAUCGUCAUCACCGUCAUCGUCAUCAUCAUCAUCAUCAUCAUCAUCAACAUCAUCAUCAACGUCAUCAACAUCAACGUCAUCAUUAUUUUCUUCUCUUGGGGUAAGGACGAUGAAAGGGCUAAGAAACAGAACGGUGAUGGCAGUAAACGGAAGGAUGACGACGGGGAGAAGAAGAAACGGAAGAGUGAUGGCGGCCGCAGCAGCUGUGUCCACUGGGCUGACUACUGUGAGGUGCGGAAGAAAGAGAAAAUUGCGAGAAGGUUUUGGAAACACGGAGGAAUGCUUGCAGGGACAGUUUUUCUUGUUGAUGUCCCUCACUUGCAGAGAGGGCACCCGUAAGCAUCUUCAUCCUUCGAGGGGUGAUCUGCAGGUUUGUGCCGCAAGUCGUGCAAAGCGAACAGGUGUUCAGAGAUCAAAGGCAAGGCGGAAGCAUCUGUUCGGCGCAGGCAGUGAGGACAGCAAGGCAAAGGAAGAGGAAAAGCCACAACUUACAAAUUUGCAGAGGAAGAUAAAGAAAAAGAUGAGGCUCGAGGGGUUAGACCCCCGGAGGGCAUUGAAGCUCAUAACAAGCAUCCGUAACGUGGUGACAAAUCGGCUAGAAGACGUGUAUGAAACUCUCGACAGGUGGGCGGCUUGGGACAUUGACUUCCCUCUGUCCCACACUAAGAAAGCUAUUACCAUCCUGAGGAGUGAAGAGGACUGGGAAAGGGUACUUCAAGUCUCGGAAUGGAUGGUUGCUAAGGGUUAUGGGAAAACACUGAACACGUACCUGCUGAUGCUUAUGGCGUACGACAAGCUGAGCAGAGUGGAGGAUGCAGAGAAGUUGUUCGAAACUAUUCGGGAAGAGAAUCCGAAGAACGUGAGCCGUAUGAUCUGGUGCACGAUGCUCAGCAUCUUCUUGCGCAGGGGACGAUACGACAAAAUGGAGAAGUUAUGGGAGUUGAUGAUGACACGGUCGGUUGCAGGCAAGCUUCCAGCGUACGCAGUUGGAGGACCUCUCGCUCAUCUCCAAGAGACCAAAAAUGUCAAGUUCUGGGUCCGCGGAAGCGUAUUUUGCAAACCCGAUGAAGUGGUCCUUAAUUUGGUUGUGGAGGGGUUUGUCAGAGCAGGUGAUCUGAAAAAGGCAGAGCGUGUUCUCGAUAUCUGGGGUCAAGAGGGUUUUGAGAUCCGAAGGGGGAGGAGAAUCCUGAAGGAGGCGAAAGAUCGACGGCUUGAGCGCUAUGAAGUCAAACAACUCAGGAAACAGGGGGGCAACAAGGAUGCUGAUUCAGAGGGUGCAGAUGGGGCGGCAGACCAAGGAGAUGUGUCUCCUGCUGGGGUUGACGAGAAGAUAGAAGCAAGAAAACGCGCCUUGGAAUUGGUGAAAAUGGUGGAGAGACUACCAAAUACGAAGACGGCAUUUUAUAAUGCAAUGAACGCAUGGGCAGAGGAGCCUGGCCAGUUCUCGCUCUCAACAAUUCGGCGCGCAAUUUCCAUCCUACGGUCGGAAAGGAGGUGGCGGAAGCUUGUACAGAUCAUCCGUUGGCUAAUGGACACAGGAAGGAAGAUGCCGUCAAACUCCUACAAUCUUCUGAUGCUGAGUUAUGCAAAGCUAGGAAGGGUUGAUGAUGUCGGUCGCCUGUCAGCAAAAAUGAAGACCAUGGGUCCGGCCCGUAUAGGGUCGUCAGGCGUCCCGAAGGAGGAGCACGAUGGUGCAGACAACGGGGAAGCGCAGUCAGGGGCUACAGUGUCAGACUUGGAGAAGGCAACAGUGCAAACCCCAGCAGGGGAGUCGUUAUUCGUGGAAAAGGACUCGGAAGGCGAGACAAAGAAGGGCGAAGCGCCGAUGAUGCAGGAGUUGUGGUCGGCGGAAACAGGCGGGUAGAAGGGUUACAAGCACCUGCAGGGUGGCGAUGGGGUUUAUGCAUGCAGUUGAGAACAGAGCUAGAGACAUGGCUAGGACCAUACCUAACAUUUUUUUCGGCGCUCGCAAGCCGCCUUGGCCUGUGCUAGCGAGCCUUUGGCCUUCGCUUCUUUCCAGUUCGUCUACAGUGUUAGAAGAUGUAUGGAUGUCUGGCGGAGACUGGCUGAUGCUGUAGCCAUGUCCGGAAGCCUCUGACAACGGACAUGAGACAUCUGCGGAGAAAGAACUGGUGAUAACAUCAGCGUUCCACUAGAUGCUGGGGGACGGAAAGAUGUUGGCUGAAGGGGGUACAUAGGGGAACAGAUGUAGCUGGCCUCACAUAGAAAGGUGGGUUUUCAGUUGUAAAGCACUCACUCCUCGAGUAGUGGACGACGAGCAGGAAAACGAAAACUGAGGAGUUUUCGAGCGCAUGGACUCAUUUUGCUGUCCUACAUGCAUGCAGCGCUCCAUGCUCAUGUUCUCUGUUCCUCCGUGGACUGACUUGGGUUGACCUGAAGAAGGUUCAGCAGAAGCUUCUGGAAGAAGCUUUGGAGGAAAGUUUGGAAGAAGCUUUGGAAAACGUUUUGGAGGAAGGUGUGAAAGAAGGGUUGGAGAAGCUUCUUUCACACGCUCUUCCAGAUCAUUCAAAAGAAGGUUUCUACCCUGGCAAAGGUUUAUGCGAUGUGGUUUAGCGAGCCUGUUGCUCAUAUGGCUUAUCCAAAUCUUUCAGUUACCUCGCUUGGCCAGCUGACAACUGUAAGAUUCAGGUAGCUGUAGAUAGUGUCACUUGUCUGCUUGGCUUCGAAUGCGAAGAUGGUUUAUCUCUGCUGCGAAGAAGGAUAGCCAGCUGGAACAGAGCAAUGCACUACCUACCAGACUGCAUGGGUGCCUUACCUGCACAGAUGUGUAUGGAUAUGUACCUGAAGACAUCCAGUGUCCUGUCUGUAACACUAGCACAUGCAGAAGACAAUCCUAGCGGCCAGGCCUGGCCGAGCAUCUCAUCGUUCAGAUACAUGUAAGUUAUUCUUGAUGAUGGGAACCUGCAGAAAAAUCUGCAAGUGCCUUUGUUUGUCCAUGCAGCUUAUGGUCACAAUUGGGUAUGAGAAAGCUUCAGAGUUCAGACAACCGAAUUAUCAUACGCAGAAGUUCAGUCACAAGGGGCAUGGAGUGAGUGCAAACUCAUAGAAUCGUCGAACACUUAUAAGACACCUCUCUCUCUCUCUCUCUCUCUCUCUCUCUCUCUGUCUCUCUCUCUCCCCCCCCCCCCUGCUUGCACCCAGGAGGAAUCAUAUCCACCCUUGGAGUCUGGUUUCAUAAAUCUCCUUUGGAAAUGGUAUGGACAAUAUCCAUAGCCUUGAAUGAAAGCUCAGCUGGAUAAUCGUCAACAGUGGAACUGUCGAGGGUGAGCGAUUUUGCAGGAGAAAGGAGUAUAGGGGGGCUGUUUGGUGUGCCAAGCAGACUGCGCUAUGCGAAUGAGGAAAUGGAAAGAGACUGCAUGAGGUGGAUGGUGUUUGUGAAGGUUGGCAUCUCUCUCUUUCACACACACAAGCAGGCACUCUGUGUGUGUGUGUGUGUGUGUAUGUGUGUGUGUGUGUGUGUGUGUGUGUGUGUGUGUGAGAGAGAGAGAGAGAGNGAGAGAGAGAGAGAGAGAGAGAGAGAGAGAGAGAGAGAGAGAGAGAGAGAGAGAGAGAGAGAGAGAGAGAGAGAACAGCAGAGGAGGCAGGCUAGGGGGGAGAGGAGUAUUAGCAUAUGUGUUUGAUGAUCUUAGUGACGGUAGAGCUCUGAAGUGGAAUCUUAGUGUGCGCCUGAAGGCUGCAGGUGAGGAAGCGAAGGAAGGGAGGUGGCGCUUAAGGACAGGAAAUGAUGGAGGAGAAAAUUGCUGGAACUUGAGACUUUUAAGCAGGUACUGAGGUAGACAAGGCAAGACAUUCAUUGACUUCUGAAGGGGGAAUAUGCAUGGGAAGUCAU